AGGAACGCCUGUGCUAAACCUGUUUUCAGCGACAUUUGACAAUGUUACAUUAAAAAUAAUUAGUUUUUACUCUUUUCAUGUUUCUUUUGAGAAAAUCGAGGUACUUCUGUGCUUCGGGCCCGUCUAUUAUUGAUAAAGCUCUUUUGUUACAAAAAUCAAGUGAGUUUUGUGGAGCUGUUUCCCAAGGUCAACACACGGCGUGUAGGAGCAGUUUUUCUCCUAGUCUGCGAGACUUGAGCGAAGCGGAUAGGUUGUUUAGGAACAUCGGCCCAAAAACAGCGCUUGCUGGGUCAUUUAUGAAAAUAUAUGACGAAGAAAAACUAGAGCCACUUCCCGAGAUCGCUUUGGUGGGAAGAACAAGUGUUGGGAAAUCUUCGUUAAUAAAUGCACUUCUUAACCAGAAGAAGCUUGCAAGAACAUCGAAACGCCCAGGACACACCAGACAUAUCAACUUGUUCAAUGUUGGCUCCAGAUUCCACAUCGUCGACUUGCCUGGAUAUGGCUAUGUUGAGAGGGUUGGCCCGGGUAGCCAUCAUUUUGUUCAGGUCGUCGAGAGAUACUUAAAGCAACGCACAGGAAAACAGUUGAAGAGUGUAUGCUUGCUUAUUGAUGGUGAAGUUGGCAUCAAGAUCAAUGAUUUGGUUGCUAUAGAGAUGCUAGAGGAAUUUAACACCCCCUUUCAAAUUGUUUUGACAAAGAUGGAUAAAGUAAGUAAAGACUCAUGGAUGCUAGUGGCCUCAAACAUUCAACAGAGGGUGGACAAGCUAUCAAAUAUCUGCUACCCUCAUGUUUUCCCAAUAAGCGUAAAAGAUAAAACUGGACUUUCGGAACUUAGAUAUUUUCUUGGUUUGAACGUUGGUAUUUUCUACUAAUGAAGACAGUUGAAGAAUUUUGAUGUUCAGGGCAAACAGGUUCAAGAGCCCAUGGAAAUGCAGUAUAAGAAUUUGAAAGGCUGCAUAGUCUCUUAAAUUAUGUUUUGGGAUCCAGUGGUUGGCCGUAAGAAACUGGGCUGGGGAACCACAGAAAACCGAAUCACAGAAACUUGAUAGCACACGAAGAACUAGGCUGGUUAGGAAGCGUUGUAUCCGUGACGCUGUCACGCAAGUGAGUUAUGCGCAUGCAUAGUUAAUAAAGUUGCCUGACCUCAUGGUCAGUCAUUGUUUAACCAAUAUGGCAUCUUGUUCACUUACUUGAAGUCGUCAGGUCUAAACUAUAACAGUGGUGUUAGAGCAUUAGCCAUUACCACACAGCAAUCCAAAGUCUUGAAUAUCUUGCUACUAGUUACUUUCCAAUUUAAACGGAUUUUGGUCAUUCGCAUCGGGUUCCAAAUUUGUUGGUUAUACUUUAUGUAUCUUUUGCUGGCAUAUAGAACAUAUGCUGUUUUUUAUAUGCAUGUGACCAGAAUCGCUAAAAGUUUGCAUCAACAAACAACCCACAAAAAAUAUUGGUAAGACAAUAAAGACUUCGGAUAGGACAUUUGGUUCCUAGUUAAAACAAAACGAAAGACAAACAUCAUUUAUAUAUUGAAAGUUAUUUUAUUAAUCUUUUAAAACGGUCUGCAUUUGUACAAAUAUAUAGCUAUGCAAUGCAUAUAUCUCACAUGUACAUACACGAUGAAGUCGCUAUCAAUUAUAAAAGCUUUGUAUGUAAUACGAAAGUUGGGAAGUCGUGAUCAACAAUAAAAACUGAAUAGUGUGGUG